CUGUAAAAUAACUCGAGUAAUGGUUCUCUUUGGCGUAAAAUAAAGAGAAAUCUGGCGUCUCGUCGUCUCCUCCGCUCCUCCUCUCCUUGCGCCAACAAGCCGACUCGCGAUCUCCAUCGGGCAAGAAGAGCAGAGCAGAGCAGGGGAGGGGAUCCUGCAGAUCUGGAAGAAGCUCUUAAUUUCAGAGCCUUAACCUCUCUUAAUACUACAAGUAACAACAGUUUUGUUGUUUGUUCCCCCCACCCCAAAAAGUUUAGGCGCACGCAUCGCCCAUGGCCACCUUCGAGCUCUACCGGAGGUCCACCAUUGGCAUGUGCCUCACUGAGACGCUCGACGAGAUGGUCUCCAGCGGCACCCUCAGCCCGGAGCUCGCCAUUCAAGUUCUUGUCCAGUUUGAUAAGUCUAUGACGGAAGCCUUGGAGAACCAAGUCAAGAGCAAGGUUUCUAUCAAGGGCCACCUGCACACUUACAGGUUCUGUGACAAUGUAUGGACAUUCAUCUUGACUGAAGCAUCAUUCAAGAACGAGGAGACUACAGAACAAGUUGGCAAGGUGAAGAUUGUGGCCUGUGAUUCCAAACUACUCAGCCAAUAAAUUGAUAACUGCGAGGUCAGGGUUUGCCUGGUAUUUGUUAGUCUCUUCUGCUAGACCUGGCUCCGCCUGAAGUGUACUGUACCACCACAUUGUUUGUUUCAUAAUCAAUGUGUGUCAAUACAAUCGUAUGUGCUACCAGAGUAUAUCACAGCAGCAACUGUUUUAAUUUGUAUGCUUAUGUAAUUGUUAUGCUACUGCUGUGUUGAUAAUGUGAUAUAAAUGACUAAACGAUGAGUAGUAGAAAUUGUGCGGAGUCACCCUCCCCCUUCCUCAUUUCUGAACCCUUUGGUUCUGUGUGACUCUUUGUAUGUAACAUGAACAAAUACCUCCUUUCCCGUCUUUUUUUUGGAUCCUAUGUUAAUGGUACCUUUACAUUA